UCUCGCUCUAUGACGUUCGAGAUCACUGAUAGAUCAAUAGAUUUAUAGUCUUUGUACUUAAGUAGCGGUAGGUACUAACUAGGUACCUACCUACGUACCUUUAUGUAGGUACGGUAUCUAUUCAUUAUCUAUUCUAUGAUAGAUAGUGACAACCCAAAAACAACAAGUAAUCAUUUAAUUUUGUCAUAAAAAAUAAUGUUGGCAAAUUAUGUGUAAAUUUAAAACGAUAAAUUAAUAAAACGCAGUAUCUGUAAAUAAAACUUUGGUGUUAAAUAAACAAUGGCAAAUUGCAAACAAUGGUAAAAUUAAUAUAAUGCAACGUUGGUUUUUCCUAGAAGAAAGAAAAAUACAAAAAACCAAACCCGAAAAAAAAAUGUCCGAACCUGAACCAGAACAAAAGGCUGAACUAAUUUCCCAACAAUGGCAAUUCUCAGUAACCGUUCCGGAUAUAAAUCCCUUAAAGGAGAAAGUGUUCGUAACAGGUAACACUCCAGAACUUGGUGAAUGGGACUACACAAAAAUAAUUAUGAUGGAUUAUGACGAGGCUUCCAAUCUUUGGCUUAAAACUUUAACAAUACCAAAUACUUGUGAAGUUUUAUAUCGUUAUGCCAUAUGUUUCUUAAAUGAGAACUCAAAUGACGUGUUUAUUCGUAAAUGGGAAACAAAUAUACAUCCAAGAAUGAUAAAACAAACCAUGCUUCACCCUACACAAGAUGUAUUUGGGGAAUAUGAUAAAAAACAAGGGAUCAGUACUGGAUGGCUCACCAAUCAAACUCUAAUUCAAUUUAAAUUUUCAAACAAUCCCUUACAAUUAAAAAGCCGUUUAGCUGAAAGACUCAUAAAUAUUAAAGUCACUCCAGUGAAAUUAUUCUUUGGAACAGAACCGCAUAUUGAAGAAUCUUCGCUAAGUACUGAUACCACAGAUACUGAGUUACCAGCUGGAGUGCUAGUGGAAGUUGCAACACUGGCUAAUGAUCCUAAUAUAUGUCAUUUAAAACCGCAGGAACAAUUUGGAAGAGAGUACAAAUUAAAUGAUGUUCUGCUAGUAAAUGUUACCACACCAAAUCCCAAGCAGCUGGCUUAUCUAAUAGACUUUUAUUCAUAUAGUAGUCGUGCAGCAUCUGAAGAUCCUCCUUGUCAUGUUGGAUACACUUAUGUGUUACCAAACAUGUUCAAACCCUCAGAAGGUAAUUUAGAAUUGCCAGUAACAUGCAAUGUAAAACAUCGACCUCUUGGAACUGUGAAUUUUGGAUACCUAACAGUUUGUCCUAUACAGGAAAAGCUUUGUAACUUGCAGGUUUCGUAUGCCAAGUAUUGGGACUCAAGUUGGACAGGGUUAGAAGUGGGACACAGAGGCUUGGGUGCAAGUUUUAAAACAAAAGAAGGAAAUGCUAUUCGUGAGAAUACAAUAGCUUCUCUUAAAAAAGCAGCUGCAAGUGGUGCAGAUCUGCUAGAGUUUGAUGUUCAACUGAGUAAAGAUAUGAUACCAGUUAUUUAUCAUGACUUUUAUGUGUGCAUAUCAAUGAAAAGAAAGAAGGAAAUUGAAUUUACAGAAAUGCUUGAAUUACCAGUGAAGGACUUGACUUUGGAACACCUACAAAAACUGAAGGUAUACCAUCUUGUAGAAGGACGAAGUAAAGAAACUUUAUUUUUUGAUGAUGACUUGGACGAGCACCAACCAUUUCCGACUUUAGAAGAUGCUCUUAAAGCAAUAGAUAUCCAUGUUGGAUUCAAUGUGGAAUUAAAAUGGACAAUGGAAAUGAAUGAUGGCACAUUUGAAUUAAACAAUCCAUUUGAUAUGAACACUUAUGUUGAUAAGGUGUUGGAAGUGGUACUGAAACAUGCUGGUGAACGCCGCAUUGUGUUUUCUUGCUUCAAUCCAGACAUUUGUACUAUGGUUAGGAAUAAGCAAAACAAAUAUCCUGUAAUGUUUUUGACUGUGGGUAUCACUAAUAAGUACCAGCCGUACCGGGACCCAAGAUGUCUGUCUAUCCCGGCGGCCGUACAGAGCGCCGUGAGCUCGGAUCUGCUCGGCAUCGUCGUGCACACCGAGGAUCUGCUCCGUGAUCCUACGCAGCCAUGACACUUUUGGAAAGCGAUAUGUUUAUGGAUGCACUCAAUGCUUCAGCGACAAAUAAGAAGGAACCAAAGAAAAGAAAAAGGCGUACGAGCGGAUCGAAGGAUGGCAAUCCUAAUGACGGAUCACCUCCACCUACACCGACAUCACUCAGUAGUCCCACAAGCGAAAGUAAAUCUGUACCGCCAAGGUUUUACCAAGAUACUUUGGAUGCAGAAGAACGUAAAGACAAAAGUCAUGAAAGUAAAGAACCAGUUAGUCCCGUGACCACAGAAAAUGAAGUCGAAGACGACAAGAUGGACGUUUCUGGGCCGCAUACAUUAACAGUUAAUGGAUUAAAAGGGGUUUUAUGUUAUCAUAGAAAAAAAGGUCCCAAAAAGAACAUUAAAUGGAAACCUGACAGUGAACUAGAAACAAUUCAUGUAUUUGACCUGGAUGAGACUGAAAGAAUAAAUGUCACCAAAACAUUCACGGAUAUGAAAUAUUUAGAAAGAAUACACGAAAGGGAAGCUUUCGAAAAAGCAAGAAACCUUAGUAAUGACGACGUUAUGGAAGAACGUACAAAUUGGAAGCCUUUGAUUUUAGUAGAUUUAGAAGGACAAUUACAAGUAGAUUAUGGCAAAAACAGUAAAGAGAAAGAUAUACAGGCACUACGACAAAAAGUAACCUUACAACCUUUAUAUUUCAACAAGGCAAUGAUUCCUGAUUCCCCAAUUGAACCAGAAUUAGAAACUCACACCUAUUCUGAACCCUCAAUAAUUCCCUUGGAAGAUGUCACUGGAAAUCAAGAUAAUAUAAGUGAUUUUAGAAAUAUGCCUUGGCCUGAACCGAGAGGUAAUGCUCCACCCCAAACACCGAGUAAUAUGACUGUUGGUGCUAGUCCAUUAUUCCCUAACAAUCUCACACAAUUUUCAAACACUUUUCCUAAUACGCAAUUUCCUGGAGUACCACCUGCCUUCCAAGGCCCUAACAUCGUUCCUGGUGAGUGGCAAAAUGGAAUACCCCAACAGAUGAUACCAAAUGGAAUGCCUGGUCCAAUAGGAACCCACAAUUUAGCACCAGGUGUGAUGCCUCCCGGAAGCCAUCCACAAGGUAUGAUGAUUUCACCUGAGACUAUGAUGAUGGCUCCGGAGAUGUUCGGAAACCCAACUCCAAUGAUUCCUGUACCACCGGAAAGUUUCAAUAUGCAACAGAAUAUGUAUCCGAUGGAUUUCAACAUGGUAGGUCCUCCGGGACCGGGCCCCGAAGGUUUUAAUGGCCCUGGCCCUGGUUCUGGUCCCGGACCUGGUAAUUUUAGAGGAGCCAUGCGUGGUCGCGGUGUCAAUGGUCAUUGGCGCGGAAAGGGUGCGGGGAACUGGGAAAAUCCGUCCAGGGGUGGUAGAGGAGGAGGCCCUCGCGGGAACCGAAAGACAAUUUGUAUGUAUUUUCAAAGGAAGGGAUCUUGUCGGCAGGGCGAUAAUUGUACAUUCUUGCAUCCAGGUGUGAACUGUCCUUUUUAAAGAGAAUAAAUGUAAAUAUCUAAAUUAGCCAUAUUGUAAAUAAAUAAAGUAAGAUUAAAAGUAAAUUAGCUGUAAAAGAGUUUGAUACUCAACAAAGACUGGUAAAAUAGCAAAAGAUAUAAAUAUAUUAUAAUGUUAUGUAUAUAAAAGUUUGUACUGAGUAAAAUAGAUACGUAAUUGAAACACUUGCUUUUUUUUAUACAAUUUAUGUAGUAAGCAUGACGAUUUAGUUUUAAAUAAACCUAAUCUUUUAUAUUGAUAAAAUAAUGAAUCAAUAAUGAAACAAAAAGUAGACACAUAACAAUAUUGACCUAGACAAUGUAGACAACAUUGUUGAGACACUGUGACUGACAUCAAUAGUUUAAAAAUGGUAAUUUAGUUAGUUAAAAGGCGGCAGGUGACAUGCACAUGAAAAACAAUCGUAGCCACUUUUGUCGGUGACUUGCUGAUGCCUUAACUGUGAAAAUUUGAAAAUGAUUAAUAUAAUUAAAGAUUUCUAAGCGUAAUACGUCAGAUUUAAGCCUUAGUAUAAACCUGGCAAUGUUGAGUGGAUACCGAAGUUCAAAGACAUCACAAUGUGUAUAGCGCCAUCCACUGUGAGACUUGAAUUAUAUCUCUAAACUGUAUAGUAAUUACCAAACUUACUGGUGGUAGGACCUCUUGAGUCCGCACGGGAAGGUACCACCACCCUGCCUAUUUCUGCCGUGAAGCAGUACCUAAUGCGUUUCGGUUUGAAGGGUGGGGCAGCCGUUGUAACUAUACUGAGACCUUAGAACUUAUAUCUCAAGAUGGGUAGCGCAUUUACGUUGUAGAAUUCUAUGGGCUCCAGUAACCACUUAACGCCAGGUGGGCUGUAAGAUCGUUCAACCAUGUAAGUAAUAAAAAAAAUACUAUAACUUUGCAGUUUUAAUUUUUAUUACACGAUAUUAUUCCUUAACUCCAUCUGUGACCGUGUAUAAAUGUGCGAAAAUAAAGCAAAGUCACUGGAGAUGGCUUCUCGGAUUCCUUCAAAGAGUCCACUGAAGUCUCAGUAAAUACCUAACCACCAUUUUACUGAGUCUUUAUUUCAUCUUUCAGCUCAUCUCGUUUCGUUUAGUUGCAUCCCAAUCGAUUACAGUCUGAAAUACAACAACAUUACCUAAUUUGGCACCAAAAUAUUUUUCAUACAACAGCGCCCCUAGCGGCAAACGUUCCAACUCCAUACAAAUUUGAGUUAACUUUUACAUAAGGAGGGUAGAGGUAAGGAGAACCGUCUCUGUAUGAAAAGUGUCCGUUAAAAUCUGCUAAAUAAGGGUGGUACUACAGUAGCAACCGAGUAAAUUUAAAAAAAGGCGCUGAAAGUUAAUAGGUUGAGAUAGAGAAAUAAAAAAGGACGAAAGAACUGUAAGCACUACAAAAUCACAAAAAGUAUUUUAUUUAAAGCUAAUAUGAAAAUGCAAUCGACGUCUCCACGUUUUACCACAGUAAUUUUUUUAUGUUGUAUUGACGAAAUUAGUUUGGACUACGUAAACAUGUGAGGUAUUGUAUAUUACACUGUCACUAACUACUUUUUUCAUUAAAUAUAUUAAAUUUCCUAACUCAGCAUACUUCAAUCAGUUAACAGCUGCUCAAUUCAUAUCAUACCCUGUGCCUAUGCUAGCGCCAUUCUGGAGGAUUUUGAACUAUUAUUUAGUACUGAAAGUGGGACACUUCUUCAAGCUUCUCCCAUAUGAGACGGUUCUGCUUACCUCUACCCUCCAUACUUUUACAUAAUUGAGAUGGCUAAAAAACUCGCACUAUGUAUGUACUUGCACACCGAGUAGGUAUCGUAUCUAAUUUAAAGUUGAAGAUUUUUGUAAGUUUGUUACUGGCAAUUACAGGAUCACAAGAAGCCAAUUGCCAUACUUAAAAAAGAAGAUACCAGAUGAUAAGCACCAACGAUUAUCCCUAUUAAACUUAGGGUGUUUAUUUAUUUAUGUCAAUGGCCUCGCGGACCAUUCGCUGGAUUAAUUUGUUUUUCUUUGGAUCCUGCAAAGGUAUGCUAUGCGUAACAGAUGUUAGGCGUCGUGGCCUAAGAGAUAAGACGUCCGGUGCAUUCGUGUUGAGCGAUGCACCUGUGUUCGAAUCCCAGGCGGGUACCAAUAAAAUUUUUCUAAUGAAUUGCGUACACAUCAACAAAUGUUCACGAUUGACUUCCACAGUGAAGGAAUAACAUCGUGUAAUAAAAGUGAAACCCGCAAAAAUUAUAAUUUGCGUAAUUAGUGGUGGUAGGACCUCUUGUGAGUCCGCGUGGGUAGGUACCACCGCCCUGUCUAUUUCUGCCGUGAAGCAGUAAUGCGUUUCGGUUUCAAGGGUGGGGCAGCCGUUGUAACUAUACUGAGAUCUUAGAACUUAUAUCUCAAGGUGGGUGGCGCAUUUACGUCGUAAAUGUCCAUGGGCUCCAGUAGCCACUUAACAUCAGGUGGGCUGUGAGCUCGUCCACCCAUCUAAGCAAUAAAAAAAAAGGCGUACUGAUGGUAGGACUUCUUGCGAGUCCACAUAGUAGGUAUGUAUCACCACGUUGCCGACUUCUCCUGUGAAACGGUAAUAUUACGUUUUUGACGUGACAACGUCUUAUAAUUCGAUGGAGCCGGCUGCACGCACGAAAAAACAUGCGGCGUUACCUCGCUCUGAGGCGUUCCAUUUAAGGCUUGAAGUGCAAGCGAGAGCGCGCAACGAGCGACAAAGAGGCACAAUCGGCCUCCGCGUUCGGCAGCGUUCGACAUCUGUCUCUCUCCUAUUUGAGUAAGCGAUGCAUCCGCGUGGACAGCUACUAUACAAUAAUACAUUUACAUGUUUUCGUCAAGUAUGAAGUUCAGUGAAUGUGGUGUCAAUUGUUUAUAGCAACGAUGAAAAAUGAAACCAUUCCAUCAGUAUUUUCUUAUGACGUUGUCACGUUCAACUAUCGUCAGUAAACCAACUUUACAGACAACCGAUUUUUUUGUUUGAAGGGUGGCAGCCGGUUUUUAUAAAAAUAUAUAUAAAUAUAAUGUAAGGAUUCAUAGAUACUAAAAAGCUUAAAACAAGUUGUGCCGAUAAAGUUAUUUCACAGGAAGACGGGAAUGCGUUUGCAUUUUUUAAAGAAUCAAUAACUUUUGUUCAUAUUUUCAUAUCUUGUGAAAUAAAUUACAUUACUGUUUUUAGGUAUUUCUAUAACGGAUCAACGGAUCGAUGUAGGAUCUGCGGUGUUUAUUAAAUAUGUGAAGAUUGGUAGGUUCUCAUAAGCUCUCGAAGGGCUUCGUAGGUUUAACGGAGUACCUGGUGAUGUCAGCGAUUGGCGGCGCCACGUCACUUUUACAAAUUAUGACGUCAGAAUCGCUAACGUCAAUAGAUUCAUUAAUGUCAUUGUCUUCCAUGUCAACAACAUUCCAGAGUUCCUUGUCCUCCAAAAGUAAUUAAGGCUCACUUUUCCGAUGAAUUCCAUUUGUUUUAUUUCAAGUGUACAACAAUAACAAGAGAAAGCUUCACCUCGUUCGGCUGCUCGAGGUGGAAUAGGUGUAAUAACUACAGAUUGUAUCUUUUUAGUUUUAGUUUCCUAUCUUCCUAUCUAGGGGUUAUGCGAGUGUAAUCGGGCGAGAAUUGUGCGACAGUAGUCACUCGUAUUUAUAGUAGAAAAGUGGGGUAACUUAAUCAUUAAUUCUCUUGAAUACCGUAUUAUGCUUAUAUGCGUAACAUUAAGGAAACAGUUACUUAACUAAGUGGUAAUGUUGCGCUAGUAUAUAUUAUUGUUGUUGUAUUGGGAAUAGCCAUUCGAAAAUUUUCACAAUUUUGCACUUCGGCAAACAAUUUAUUUUUCUAAUUCAGUUCCAUGGUCAAUGUAAAAUAAAUAAAAUGAACUGCUUUUUUUAAGAAAGAUUUUGUAUUACUAGCACUUCAUAUGGAAUUUAAUUCUGAAAUACAAAUUUAUUAUUAUUAUUAUUAUUAUUAUUUACUUGUCAGGCAACAGACAUGGCUUUGACCUUUGUUACGAUUUGGCUGUAUGGGCUAUGUGCUAUUUGUCUGUCUAAUGGACAAAUCAAAUAUGUAGGUAUAUACCUAUAUAGAUCACAGUGGUUUCGAACAGGUGAAUGAAGUUAGCCCCUCAAAAAAAAAUUUUUUUCCUGUUUUCUACUUAUUUUCUAUUAAUUCGUUUGUUCAUCAUUUGUUCUUGAUUGUUCACUGUUAAUAAUUGUUUGUUCCCCAUUUAUUUAUUUUAAAAAAAAUAUUAAAAAUAUAUCUAAAAGUUAGCCCCUCGAUUGCAAUUUUUAAUAUUUUUUCGUCCUUAAUUACUCGUAAAUAUUCAUUUUCGAUUGUUCUUAUAUAAAAUACGUUUGUUCUCUUUCGAAAUUACUCAUUUUUUGUUUAAUUAAUUGUAUUACUUGAAUAAAUGUAUACAAAAUAUGUGUACUGCGCAUGCCAUAAGUGUAUAAUCUAUGGCGCAUGCGUCAACUAUAAUGCCUAAACUUUCUACGCGGUUUUAAUCGUGAAAAAAAAAACAAUUAUAAAUCCUGAAGGAUCAAUUAAUUGGUAUACAGUUUAAUUAAAAAAAUUAAAAAAUAAAUAAAUAAAAUAAUGUGCAUUCGCGUAAAGUUAGACCAAAUACAUUUUUUCCAUCCUCCUAUAUACUUAUCGCUAUGAAGGUAUAAAAAAGAUAGGUUAAGAGUUCACAUAGGUAAUAUAAACAAAUAAGUAAAUAUGUUCAUUAUUUAUCUUUCAAGAGAUAAUGUAGGUAUACAUUAUAAUAACAUUUUGACACAGUCGAAAUUAUAUUCCUAACAUUAGUAAAAUAACAUUUUAAUAUUUUUUUUAUAGGUUAUGUAUUGAAAUUGUUGGAAAAUUAUUUCAUGUUUUAGCUGGAAAACGACAUGGAGAAUUAUAUGCAAUACAAGAUAAUGAGCUCCAUCAAAUGAAUUCGAAUGAAACCAAACUGUUUACCAUCCAAAUUCGAUUGUCGGGCAGAUAGAAAACGAAAAUUCACUCAUAGUGAACCUCGGCCUGCAUUUGUGAAACGGCAAAGACUCACUAUUAUCAAGGAAAUUGAAGAGACGACUAAAAAUGAGAUGUGUCGUAUUAUUAUACCUUUGCCAUCUUGUAGUCAAGAUGUCCAGCCACUUGAAAAUAGGUGUAGUAAUGACAAAGCUAUCCAAGUAGCUCCAGCACAGGAACACAAAGGCAAGGCAAGUGUGUAUUGCCACAUCACCCCUUAAUAUAUCUGAAGCAAGUAUAAGUAAACAAUCAGAACCAGCAAAAAAAAAACUGUUGUUCCUGAGGACAAAUUUGACAGUGAUGAGUCAAAUGCACCAGCAACAGAAGGAUCAACUGUUGACUAUGAGUUAUCUCUCUAUAUCUCCACUCCAUCAAAGACUUGUGCACUUCAGACUAUAGCUCUCAAGAAGACUAAAAAGUUGAAAAAAUGAAUGUGUUAACAACUUUAUCUAAAGUGAAAAAUAAACAACGUUUAUAUAUUUGUCUUCCACAAGAAUUAUGUUUCAUAAUAGGCUUGAUUGAGAAACAUACAAAUGUUUCUGAACAAAAUAUUAUAUUAUGUCUGAUGAGAAUAACAUUAAAUAGAACAUUCUCUCAAUUGGCUGAUGAUUUCGAUUUAUCUGUAAGUCAAGCAAGCAAUAUAUUUUUCAACAAACUCCCAGAAAUUGCAAAUGUAAUAUCACCCCUUGUUAGACUAUAAAAAAAACAAUACAAUAAAUAUAUAUGCAGGAAGGAUAAUUGAUGUCAACUUGGUGGAAAAUAGAAAGUUUUUAGAUAGUUUGCCACCUACAAAACUCUUUAAUUAAAUAAGUAAUCCUUACUUAUAAAUAGGAAGUUUUGUAAGUAUUUUCACUCUUCAUUCAGAAACUACUGAACAGAUUUUAAUAAGACUUUUAUGCUGGUCUUCUAUGGCUAGCAACUCAUUAUUAUUUUGAUUCUGUUUUCCACAAAUGUGCUAAAUAUGGGCUUAUAUAUAUGAAAAGGAAUAAAUAUUAAUGUUAUGUAACCUUUGUACCUGUAUGUUAAGAAUAAUUUUUAAUAAAACAUAAUUUAAAUUGAAA